AUGGGCUUCAAGAUGCUCCUCCAUUCUUUGCUUCUGGCCGCCUGCGGCUUCACUUCAGUCUUUGCUGCCUUCGGGUUCACGAAAUCAGGGGACAACUAUGUCAUCGAUGCCGGCUCAUCCAACGCACUCGUGUUCCAGGUCUCGGCCACGAGCUGCGAUAUCAACUCGAUCUUGUACCGGGGAACCCAGCUGCAGUAUUCUGGAAAGGGGUCGCACAUCAGCUCCGGCCUGGGAAGCGCGACCGUCUCGGUCAGCCAGGUCACCGCCUCUGGUACUAGCUACAUCAAGGUCACAUGUGUCACCUCAACCCUCACUCAGUACAUGGUCGUGAAGCAGGCAGAGAGCAACAUUUACAUGGCAACAUACAUCACCGCCGAGCCAGAUAUUGGAGAGCUCCGAUUCAUCGCGCGUCUGCUGCCGUCCGUCCUGCCUAACGAGUAUCCCUAUGGCUCCGUCUCCAACACCAAUGGCGGCAGUGCCGUUGAGGGUUCCGAUGUCUACCUUGUGAGCGGCCAGACCCGUUCAAAGUUCUACUCGUCCACCCGCUUCAUCGACGAGAAUGUGCACUGUGUCAACAGCGACACCAUCCACGCCUGCAUCUUGACUCCUCAGCAAGAGUCCAGCUCCGGAGGCCCCUUCUUCAGGGAUAUUGACUCCAACAACGCCGGCGACUCGACGAACCUCUACAACUACAUGAACUCGGGCCACGUCCAGACCGAGGCCUUCCGCACAGGGCUCCACGGCCCGUACGUGAUGACCUUCUCGCGAGACGGCAUCCCGACCCUCAAGAGCAUCGACACCUCCUUCUUCAGCGAGCUCAGCAUCCAGGGCUACGUCGCCGCAUCCGGCCGCGGAACCGUCACCGGCACCGCCUCGGGCGUCGGCUCGUCCUUCACGCCCGUCGUGCACUGGUACAACUCGGCCGCGCAGUACUGGACCACGGCCAGCUCGAGCGGGUCCUUCACGUCGCCGGCGAUGAAGCCCGGCACCUACACGAUGGUGCUGUACCAGACCGAGUUCAAGGUGGCGUCCCAGUCGGUGACGGUCAGCGCGGGCAAGGCGACGACGUCCAACAUCAAGAGCACGCUCGCGAGCCACACGUCGCUCUUCAAGAUCGGCGAGUACGACGGCCAGCCCACGGGGUUCCGCAACGCCGACAAGUUCCUGCGCAUGCACCCCUCGGACUCGCGCAUGUCCUCGUGGGGCCCGCUGACCUACACCGUCGGCUCGUCGGCGCUGACCGACUUCCCCAUGGCCCUCUUCAAGGGCGUCAACGACCCCGUCACCAUCAAGUUCUCCCUGUCCAGCGCCCCCAGCGGCACCGCCACCCUGCGCAUCGCCACCACCCUCUCCUUCGCCGGCGCCAGGCCCCAGGCCAAGGUCAACAGCUACACCGGCGCCGCCCCCGCCGCCCCUACCAAGAUCGACUCGAGGGGCGUCACGCGCGGUGCUUACAGGGGCUUCGGCGAGGUUUAUGAUGUCUCUAUCCCCGCUGGAACCCUCGUCAGCGGCAGCAACACCAUCACCAUCUCGGCCAUCUCCGGGAGCAGCGGGGACACUUACCUGAACCCCAACUUCAUCUUCGAUGCUGUUGAGCUGUUCACCGGUUAG